GGGGGGGCUUUACACCGGCUCGCCACCAUUUCCAUCACAUUACAGUCUCAGAUAGAACUCACUUCCCUGUUUUGGCUGUUAGAGCAACGUGUUCAGAUAAAUCUGCCACUUUCACUUCAUAAAGCAGUCGGUGUGAGUUUGUCAAGAUGUUUGUUUGACUUCUUGUGAUUUCACUCGUAUGGAUGGAUGACAGAUUAUUUCUACAUAAUGUUUAUGACAUUGUGUUUUGUGUGAUUCUUAGUAUGAAGGUGGAUCUAAACUCCUCCAACAUGUCGGUGGAAUCUGGGACUGUGAAGCCGGAGCAGGGACCAGUGGAGUACCGCAUUGCAGGCCUGAUUUUCUACUGCUUCGUCUUCAUCAUAGGAGUCAUAGUGAAUCUUGUUGCUUUAUGGGUGUUUGCCCUGACCACCAAGAAGAGGAACUCAGUCACUGUCUACAUGAUAAACGUAGCGCUGGUGGACCUCACCUUCAUCCUGCUGCUUCCUUUCAGGAUGGUUUACCACCACCAGGACUACUGGCCUUUUGGGAAUCUUUUCUGCCGGAUCAGUGCUGCUCUCACCAUCUUCUACCCCUGCAUGGCUCUGUGGCUGUUUGCUCUGAUCAGCGCUGACCGCUACAUGGCCAUCGUGCAGCCAAAGCACGGCAAGGAGCUGAGGAACGUCCCGAAGGCCGUGGUGGCCAGUUUAGGGGUGUGGGUCAUGACUCUGGGCAGCACCGUGCCUUUGCUCUUCUCUCAGGAAGACCCCGAUCGCCACUCCAACUUCAACACCUGCAUCAAGAUGCAAGACAUCAUCUACAUGCGCCAUGACAACCCUGUCAACUUUGUGCGACUAGUCUUUUUCUUCUUGGUGCCCAUUUGUAUAAUGAUUGGCUGCUAUGUUGUCAUCGUGGACAACCUAAUCCACGGCCGCACCUCCAAACUCAAACCUAAAGUGAAGCAAAAGUCCAUCCGGAUUAUCAUUACGCUCAUUAUCCAAGUGUUGGUGUGUUUCGUGCCUUUUCAUGUGUGCUUGGUGCUUCGUCUGCUGGGGAACGGACAGGACGGGGGUUUUAGCACAUGGGCAGUCUUCACCACCUUCCUAAUGAACCUGAGCACAGUCCUGGAUAUUAUUCUCUACUACAUCGUCUCCAAGCAGUUCCAGGACAGAGUGAUCAGCGUGAUUCUGUACAGGAACUACCUCCGAAGUGUGAGACGGAAGAGCCGGCACACACACACCGGCAGCAUCCGGUCAAUGAGCAACCUGACCAGCGCCAUGAUAUGAAGCAAAGCGUCAAACUUCGUCUCAAAACAGCACACGGAUACGUUCCCGUGCACGCUUUUUUUUGGGUACAAUGUAACGCUGAAUGCGUCGCCGUGUGCAUGGUUCAUUAUCAAAAGGAUCGAAACUUGCAAUUAAUUUUCAAGGUGUAAUUUACACUCACAGUAUGGGAGUGCUGCCGUUGUGGCAAAAACAUCUGUGUUCAGAGCUGAUUGACUCACCCAUGAGACUUGAGAUGUUUUCUGUGCUUCUUUGCUCUGGUAGACAAAGCAAGAGUGUCUGUGGCUCAGGUGUAACACAUGCAGGCGAAAAUAAAGCUCAUAAUCAUUUAAAACAUAGCCCGCAGUAACUCUGUGUCUGCUUUGUUACGCACCACCAGCGAAACUCUUCUUCCUCACUACGACAGCCAACAACUAUAGAAGCCUCCACAAGGGGAAACCUACAGGAAACAAUGGUGGGUUUCUUAAAGGUUGCAGCUUUGGUUUGUUUGCUGCACGAUUAUUUUUAACUCCUUACCUCAGUUCUGCAGAGAUGGAAGUGAGCAACUAUAAUCCUCAGCGCUGCACAUAUGUGCAGCAAAUGAACCGAGGUCGGUGUUAUUUUAGAACUGUGGAGUUUAAGUCCAACCACUUGCUACAGGACAUGAUUAGAACACCGCAAGCGUCAUAAAAAAUGCUGUGAAUUUAUUGACCAGGUGAUGGCAGCAUGGCACAGCUAGAUCCCAUCUACCUGCCAGGGAACAGCAGCACGCUCAUUUUCUGUACUUUCGGAAUAGUGAAAGAUUUUCUGCUUUAAACUUCUUCUGUAUUUUCGUGCUUUACACUGGACUUUAUAAAGUGAAAUGUCUCAGUUUUUACUACCAUCAUCACACAGAAGUUGUUAACAACAGCUUCCUCAAGCAGAAAUCAGGCUAAAGUGUGUUUAUGGUGCAAUGUGAAGAGUAUUGAUUAGAUGUUAAAUGAUUCAGUCGCUUGGAGUGCAUUUACAGUAACGUGCUCAAGAGAUGUCAGGGAGGCUAUUUACUAGAUUUAAAGCAACCUUAACCUUAAAAGAGAAAACCUUUUCUACUCAGGGGUACUUCAAUGUCAGAUCUCUGCUUGGAGUGUGAGCGCCACGACGCAAUUUAUUCUCAAUUUAUCCCUCAAAUGACAGACAAGUAAUGACUUAUAACUGGAUGUGUGACAGUUCUGUCCCUGUGAAGAGGCUUCAAAUAAAGAGGAGAAAACCCAUGUUUAAAUGUGAUGAUUCUGACUGGUGUCUUGCACAAACAUCACCUGAGCUAAGGAUUGAUUUGGUCUUGGCAACUGGUAAAAUAAUUGUGUCUGUCACAGGAAUGCAGUUUUAAUUGCAUCGGACUGUGAGUGAGUGUAGCUGAGUAACUGUGGAGUGUCUCUUUCAGUUAGACAGUGGAGGCACCCUGUGGUGUGACCACAUGUACUGUAGCAAUGCUGCAGUUAUCAUAUGGCUGAACAGUUACGAACAAAAAUAAAUAUAGUGCAUUAUUUUGUGCCUUGAGAAGAUUCUGACUGGAUUAAUGUGUUGUAUGUAAUCACAGCAAACUCUGGAACACCUCAAAGUGAUUUAGUUCAUGCAAGUUAAUGCAACACAGUGGUAAAAAGGGUAUAAAAGGGGUUUGGUUGAUAUUAAUAGAUGAAGAAGUGGCAAGUAUGUGCAAUAAAGAAGGUGUAGAUUUAUUCUGUGUUAAAUUAGAGGAGGCAGACUACAAGAUUUCCACUUCACACAGAAUUCUGGGAACUGCAGUCCAUCAUGCGAUGAUAGGUUUAUUGGCCGGCGGACUACAAGUGGAUUUAUAACCAAGAGGUCAGAGGUCAAAUGAAACAUCAGAGGGUCGUCUAUCUGUCCCACCUGUUAGACAUGAAAGAAAAACCAGCCACACUGCUCACAGCAACUGGCAUUUAAAACAAUUAAGUUUCCUGUCAAGUCCCUGUGAUGAAUUAUCCGGAAGCUUUACCCGCUGUAAUUCUAAAUCUUCCCAACAAGUGCCUUUGUUGUAGAGAAAUUAAUGAAAACAAGAUUGUCUUUCAUAGGAGCUGAUCUAACAGCGCGACAGCCAGCUGCUCUUCUUUGGGAAUAAAAACAGUCAGCAUUAAACACAGCUCACACAAAAUACUUUUUUUUCCACCACUCGUGUGGAAAACAAAUCAGGCGGCAGGCGCAGUGGCCAUCUGUUUUGUUAUUUGAUAUGUGUGAAUACAUGUUGUAAUGACUUUGUUUGUGAAUCACUCUGCGCGGCAGAACACACGAGAGCUCUCGAAGUGCUGGAGUGUUCAAAGCUAAUCAUAUAAUUGGACACAAUAGUCGAUGACAAAUGGAGACGCUUGGAGCCAGCCAGCUGGGGAAGUGAAUAUGUAAUCAUUGUAAAAUCAUAUCAUUUUUGCAUAUUUGAAGACAGCUUAAUAGAGUUUGCGUGUCAGCACACUAUCAAAUGAUGAUCAGAGACAGUGUUGCUGUAUUUGUUUUCCGAACCGCGCUUUGUUGGACUAUUUAUCUCUAUCGUGAUUAAAAGUGUUUCUCAAGA